AUGACUAUGACCGGCGCCCAGGGAGACACCUACGAGGAGAUGAGAAGUGUGCUCAGACUCAACAACUCCCAACUGACCGAACCGGAGCUGAUCGCCGCCUGCAGCAGACUUCUCCACAGAUUAAGCUCCUCUCCUUCAAGCUCAACCGUUCUUCAGCUGGCCAGUGCUGUCGCUCUUCAGAUUGGUUACCCCAUUCUGCCCACCUUUCUGGACAUCGUCGAAUCGGACUUUCACUCAAAGCUCUUCAGCGUGAACUUUGCCGGCAACGGAAAAGCGGCCAUUGAGAAAAUCAACAGCUGGGCAGGGGAGAAAACCAGCGAAAAGAUACCGAUACUUUUUGAAGAGGAACAGUUGGACAAAGACACCCAACUGGUCCUCCUCAAUGCACUCUACUUUAAGGGCGCCUGGGCGGAGAAGUUCAAGAAAAAGCACACCACUGAGGAGGAGUUCACCUGGUCAGAGGAGAAGAAGUUUAAUGUUUCGAUGAUGCACGAAGAACUCAUCAGUCUCAGGCAGACCACCACCGAGGAGGGUCACCAGCUGGUGGAGUUGCCGUACCGGGGAGAAGUGCAGAGCAUGCUGCUCUUCCUUCCAAAUGAGACCUUUCUGGCUGGGAAUUCUUCCACCACCGCCGCCACCACCACCACCACCAUCACCUCUGCUUUUUACCGAGCGAUCAAAAAGCACAAGGCCCUCUCCAAGAUGCGCUCCAAAUGGGUCGACCUGUCGCUGCCUCGCUUUAAGAUUGAGUCCGAUUCAUUUCAGGAGUUGAAAGGCAUCCUUCAGAAGAUGGGCAUGAGGUCGGCUUUUGAAGGGGGAGUGGCAGACUUUAGCCGAGGUAUGACCGGAGGUAAAGGCCUAAAGAUUGCGCAGGUAGUGCAGAAGACGAUGAUCGAG